AUGGCUGAAGAUGGUGAUCAACCGGUUAUUCAAGGAAGCACAAUUGAAGAACCACUUGACCUUGUGCGUUUAAGUUUAGAUGAAAAAGUUUGUGUUAAAAUGCGUAACGAACGAGAAUUACGAGGACGUUUGCAUGCAUUUGAUCAACAUUUAAAUAUGAUCUUAGGUGAAGUAGAAGAAACUGUGACAACAAUUGAAAUUGAUGAAGAAACAUUUGAAGAAAUUUAUAGGCCAUCGAAACGUCAAAUUCCAAUGUUAUUUGUUCGAGACAAACAUCCGUUACCUCAGUGGUAUGAUGAUGCUAAAAUUGGAAUCUUUAUCCAUUGGGGCGUGUUUUCUGUGCCAUCGUUUGUAAGUGAAUGGUUCGAAUGGUAUUGGAAAGGCACUCAACCUGUUCAAGCUGUAGUUGAUUUUAUUAAUAAAAAUUAUCCGCCCGAUUGGACGUACGCCGAUUUUGCCAAUCAAUUUCAUGCCGAAUUUUUUGAACCAGAUGAAUGGGCUGAUCUAUUUGCUAAUUCGGGCUCAAAAUAUGUAGUAUUAACAAGUAAACAUCACGAAGGAUUUACGUUAUGGCCAUCAAAAUAUUCGUGGAAUUGGAAUGCAAUGGAUGUAGGACCACAUCGAGAUCUUCUAGGCGAUUUGGCGAGAAGUAUUCGUAAUAGAACAGAUUUAAAAUUUGGGCUGUAUCAUAGUUUCUUCGAAUGGUUUAAUCCAUUGUACAACGAAGAUGCAAAAAAUCAAUUUCAGACAUCAAAAUUUGUUCAGCAAAAAACAUUACCUGAAUUAUAUGAGCUUGUUUUAAAUUAUAAACCAGAAAUUAUAUGGUCAGACGGUGAUGCAGGCCCAGACUGGUAUUGGAAUUCAACAAACUUCAUCGCCUGGCUUUAUAAUGAGAGCCCUGUUAAAGAUACCGUUGUUGUUAAUGACAGAUUCGGUACGGACAUCGCAUGUCACCAUGGAGAUUUCUAUACCUGUGAGGAUCGAUAUAAUCCAGGAAAAUUAGUUAAUCAUAAAUGGGAAAAUUGUCUGACGUUGGAUAAGCAUUCAUGGGGAUUUCGACGAGAAGCAAAGAUUAGUGACUAUUUAACAAUCGAUGAAUUGUUGAGUGAAAUAAUAUCAAGUGUCAGUUGUGGUGGAAAUGUUCUCAUUAAUGUUGGUCCCACAUCGUACGGAAAAAUCGUUCCUAUCAUGCAAGAACGAUUACUCCAGUUAGGCAGAUGGUUGAAUAUCAACGGAGAAGCAAUUUAUAAUACAAGACCUUGGACGUACCAAAAUGAUACACAAAACGCAAAUGUGUGGUAUACAAUGAAUCCCAAAACAACAUUUGUUUAUGCACUCGCAUUAAAAUGGCCUGUAGAUUCGCAAUUAGUUUUAGGUGCGCCAACACCGUCAUCCAGUACUAAAGUCUAUUUACUUGGUUAUGAUGAUACACCACUGAAUUGGGUUAGCUCAGAGAAAGAGCAAGGUAUAAUUAUUGAUGUUUCAACAUUUAUGUACGGUAAUAGUACAAAUCAAGAGGCUCAUGCAUGGGCCUUUCGUUUAGAAAAACUAGCAGUGUGA